AUGGUCGGCAUUGCUGGAAAAUCCAAGGCAUGCCAUGAUUGCAAGAGGCGUCGUGUCAAGAUUAUCGCUAUCCUCGAUAGUCCUGUAGAUGGGGGUAGUGACGAGAGUCUAGCAGCGAUUAUCGUUCUUUCUACUUGUGAGCUAUUUCUUUUCAGUUCAGCCUCUAGCUGGAAUGCACACGCCAAGGGUAUUUCUGAAAUGCUUCGCAACCGUGUCGCGUCAGGAGAGACUACAAAGAGCUGGAGCGAUCUUUGUCGUCGUCUUUGUGUAAUAUGUGUCAUUCAAGCAACAGUCCAGAAACGCCCUCUUAUACUAGAGCCUGAUGUCUGGCGGCAACAGAUCAGACCUUACUCCAGCCCUACCUCUUUCGGUGGGUUACUGGACCUGGCUGUGGACAUACCUUCAAUCAUGGCGAGUGUGAAUACAGUCUCCCAAACUGACUUGCGUCAACAAGUCAACCAGCUUGUUCAGAAAUACCGGGAGCUUGAAGAAUGGCUGAAAAAUUAUACUAAACAUGUCUGGGAUUCAAAUCAAACAUCAGUCUAUUGGUCUGUCCCUUCUCAGGCCAGCAAUCCGACUGAUGAUGACUACGCCGAGAAGCUGUUCCCGUUCGCCCUCAUCUUCUCUUGUAUGGCAAACGCCACUGUUUGGAUAUUUACCUCUAGCAUGAUGCUUGAUAUCCUUGACACAAUUCUGCUUCUUCACUCCUCAGACCAGAAUGACGGUACCGCGCCAUUUGUGGAUGAGAUAAUCGACACUGGCAUAGCGCCUGACAUGCUCGAUACCCUCCGCGUGGAUGCUGAUAGACUGAGUCGGCUGCUCUGCCAAAGUAUUGAGUAUUGCUAUCGCGCUGAUAAUGGUACUUUUGGCCCGCAGAUAACAUGUUAUGCUCAAGCGACGCUGUUGAUCUACUUUGCAAACCGCGGGCUCCGCCGUGAGCUCGACUGGUGUAAAGCUAUUCUUCGCAUGAAUGGCCCGGGAAUGAGCUUUGGGAUCAAUUUAAUGCAGUUGCGAUCGGUGCCUGGGGAUGUAUAA